AUGGACUCUGAGUAUGUCCUAUGCAAUUGGAAAGGCCACUUUUGGCCAGCGAGGGUUUUGUCUAGAUCCAUAAGCUUACCGAAAUAUAAGAAGAGAAAGACAUGUUAUCUACAAGUUCAAAUACUCUCAGUAGAUAACAAAAUUAAAGUGAAAAGCAGAAACGUCAAGAUCCUAAAUGAGUCUCAAACUGAGUCCAUCGCCUCGUCGAUAGUGGCCCAGUCUAAGGCCAGCUUCUCACCAGGAGAGGGAGUGGCCUACAGAAGCGCUCUUAAGUUGGCACUGGAGAUUCUGAAAGAGAGAGCAAGCCUGGGUGCGGCAAGGGCAUCCGAUGGUCCAGAGACCGCUACGAUGUCUCAAAAGGGACCGAAAAGGGGAUCUGGUAAAAAGGACCAGAAGCCCAAAGGGAACACCCCAAGAAGUCUCAGGGGAAGUAAAAACCCCAAAUCACUGAUGUUGGGUUCAGAGGGUGAGGACGCCCCCGACGGUGACAAAUCCCAGGUGCACAUAUCCCGCACUCCUGUUCCAAGGGAAACUCGAGCAAAGUCCUCACAGAGAGCCAGCACGUGCUCAAACUUCCCAUUGCUUUCAGAAGACGACUGUGAGAAAGAGGGCCGGACAAAGACAGACACCUCAAGAGUUCGUUCCCGGCAUUGUACGGUCAAGGAGGACUUUGCAGGUGCUAAAGAUGGAGGCGUCCUUCCAUCUCUGCCACCCAGUGUCAUUGUCACUGUGCCCAAGGCCCGGAAAAGAGAGGCACCACGCAGCACCUGCCCAAAGACCCUGGUCGUCUCCUCUGAGUGUUCUCCCUUCUCGGGGAACCCUGAGGACCCUGGAGAGGGUGCCCGGAAGCCAGGCUCAGAAGGCGCGGCAGCAUCCUCCAGUCCCCCCGACCUGGGGCUGCGUCGUUCACUUCGUUUGGCAAACAAAGUAAGGAAGCAUUGGGCACUGGAGUUCAAGAGAGGACGGCAAAAGCUUCAGCCCUCAGUUGACUCAAAAGCUAUUCACCCCACCACCGCUGUGAAGAAGGGUGUUGCCAAGGAUGUGGGACAACCAACAAGCACGGCUUUCCCACAGGAGUCGUGUCCCAUUGAAAGAGGAAUGAUGGUCUGGUUUAAGUUUCAGAAUCACCCCUUUUGGCCAGCAGUGGUCAAGAGUGUCAGCCACACGGAGCAGACCGCAAGGGUGCUUUUGAUUGAGGCAGACAUGCACCGUGAAAAGAGCGGCAUUCGAGUGCCUCUUCGGAGAUUAAAGCACCUGGAUUGUCGAGAGAAAGAGAAACUACUGAUGAGAGCCAGGAAAGUGUACGAGCAGGGUGUGAACUGGUGCUUCUCCCUGAUUUCCCACUACAGAGAAGGGCUCGGUCGUGGGUCUUUUGUGGGCUCUUUCCUGGACUACUAUGCUGCUGACAUCAGCUACCCAGUUAGGAAAGCCAUCCAAGAGGGGGAGGUGGACAUCGACUUCCCAAAGGUGAAUUACGUGGACCUGGAAGAUUCUGAGGAGGAGGAGAGCUCCCCGGGUGCCAAGAGGCCCCGCAAGAAAAUUCUUCCUGACCGGAUGAAGGCCGCUUGGGACCGAGACAACCAGAAACUCGUGGACUUCAUUGUGAAAAGGAAGGGGGCAGACCCCCAUCUUCUGGACAUUGUCAAAGGCAGGAAACAGUCCAGGUGGCUGUCCUCAUUUCUGAAUUCAAGCAGGUACGUGAUCUGCAUUGAAACAUACCUGGAGGAUGAAGAUCAGUUGGAUGUCGUGGUAAGGCAUUUGCAAGAGAUCUACAAGCACGUAGACAAGAACAUGCUGACUCUGACCAGAGACGACAAAGUGAGUUUUGUUCUGGAAGUCCUCCUGCCAGAAGCCAUUAUCUGUUCAAUUGCUGCACUUGAUGGGUUAGAUUACAAGAAGGCAGAAGAAAAGUACCUGCAAGGGCCACCUGUGCAUUCCCGGGAAAAGGAACUAUUUGAUAAAAACAUCUUAAGGAAGAUGAGAAAGACACGGCCCUGA